AUGGGCAGGCCAGUUGCAGUCACGAUAUGUCUGGUGCUGUCGUGUUUGGGUUUCAAGAACGCGAGCGGAGCGGUGUACACGGUCGGAGAUCAGGGCGGUUGGACCACCAACAUCGAAGGUUGGACGCAAGGCAAGAAGUUCUUGCCCGGCGAUGUGCUGAUAUUCAACUACAAUCCCGCUCUGCACAAUGUCGUCUCGGUGGAUCUAGACAGCUACGACACCUGCACGCUGGGAGAGAAUUACAAGAUAUAUGAAUCCGGGAAUGAUCAUGUCGUGUUGCCGAGGGGCAAUAGCUUCUUCUUCAGCAGUAAGGAUGGCGACUGCGAUAAGAAGAUGAAGAUUGAAGUCCACGCCUGGGGCACUUCUCACACGUGA